UAGCACGUACAAGUACAUAGGUUGCCCCUCUUACAAAGGAAAGUCCAUUAUCUAACCUGCCGCAGUCGAAUUGGAAGAAAUUAGCUGUCUUGCUUUAUGUUCUCAGUAGAGACCUGAUGGCUAUUUGUUUAUGACCUUGCCAUCAGCCACCAGGACAAAUACACUUCUUCCAUCUGCCACCCUGAGUCUUAACUGACAAGACAGGCCCCCUCUACAGUGAACGCAAGCUGACUGGCUGUUGGUGGCGUCCUUCCUUUGAACGACAAAGGAUGAGGGAGUGAGGAAAGAUUGGGUUUAAUCCUGCAGUAGAAGCCUUUUGCUUAACUCUAGCAGCAAUGAGAUGCUGAAUGAAUGUAAAGAUCCGCUGUGUGUGUCCGGCUCCAUGCAGCAAGAAAUGUCUCUCUUGUGCGGCUAACGCUGUAAACAAGAAGAGAAGAGAAGGAAAAAAUGAGCGUGACACUCAUGGAUAUAUUUCAGUCUAACCUUGGUCAGAUGUCACAAUCCAUCAAAGCUGAUCCUCACUGAGCACAGAGGAGCCCUGUUUGGUGCUGGAAAUCUGGCAGGACCUUCUGUUUGUUCCACCGGAUUAAAGUGUAUUCCCUUUUCAGCAGAAAAGGUUCAUCACGUGUUGAAGGGGAUUUACAGGGCAGUGACUAUUUCUCACUUCCCAUGAAUGAAACUGAAAGAAUUAAUCAAAGAUGUAUCAAUCUACAUGAAGUUAAAAGAUCUAAGGGUGGUGUGAGGUUCCAUUGGAUGUAGCUGAUACUAUCAUUUUAAACUAUGGCUCAGGCUGGUGGAGUAGUGCACUUUCUUCCGGAAGGGGACUGCAUUCUUUCAUCUCCAAAAUCAAUCCGAGCAAUUGAUGUUAAGCCCUGGCUGUCAGCGUUGAAUUCUGAUUCGACUUUUAGUAAUCAGCGUUGCUUUACACCUACUCUCAACUCUCGCAGAAUCCAAGUUUUGAGGAAAAGCCUCACACCUGAAACCAGACGUUCUCAUCUUGGAAUGUAUAAUAGUACAGGGUCCUUGGUUUGCAAUCCUUCUGAGACCGUGUAUAAAUCUGGGAGAGUAACAGCACCCUGCAGUCCACUCCGAAGCAGAGAAAACGAUCCUCUUUAUUCCCCUGGUAGCAGGAAACCUUUAGUUUUGGCUCAGAACCCUGGACACAGUUCUAUUGUAACUUUUACAUUUGUUAAAAAAUCCAGUGUUCAGACUUUAAAUGGGGUCCCAACAUUGUGUGACUCUCAUCAAGACAAGCAACAACAUCAAAAAGAUGACCAAAGAGGCCCAUGUUUUAACAGGGAAAAAGAGUCAAGUGGUUGUCAUGAAAAAUCAGCUACAAAUCAUGACUAUAUUAGUAAUGCUGAACUAAAGGUUGGCUCUCCUCAAUUAAAAUUAUCUUCACACUCUGGAUUCAGAACACAAUUAACGUGCAAUAGUCCUCAGACAGGCCGGAAAGAAUAUCAUUAUGAGCUUGGGAAACAGAGUUCUUCCUCUGCAAGUUCUCAAGAGUAUUAUCACAGUCAGUCUGUCAUUUCUUCCAGUCAACAUGAUUACUCACAGAAUCUGGCACUAGACCUCAUGCCAUCCACAAACAGCCCACUUAAAACCUCAAGUCCGUCACAAAGUCCACAGUUAGGAAGGCUUGCAGAUGAGAUAAAUGUCUGUAAAGGUCAUAUCACAUCUUCAAUCCAGGUAGUUGAGGACUUAAAUGAAGAAUCAGCAAGUAGUAUCAGAAGUCCCAGAAAAUCGGAACCAGACCAGCAGGCUGAUCCUUGGGGAUUUCCAAAGGAAGUCUCAUUACAUGCACAGAAGAUAGCAAAGGCAAAGUGGGAAUUCUUCUAUGGCUCGACUGAUUCACAAAAGGAAGAUUCAGAACAGAAUGAGAUACUUUCUACCCCAUGCUCACCAAAUGCCUCUGGCAGUUUAAAAAAGAGACCCUGCCAUCAGGAAACUGAACUGCUAAAACACAAUCUGUGUCAUGUGGAAAUAGAAAUAGAGACUACCUCUUCUAUGGAUCCAAAGCCUGAUAGCUGUGAGACAGGCAUUAUCCGCAGAACUAUUAAAUACUCUGAAACAGAUUUGGACUCUGUACCACUGAGGUGCUACCGGGAGACAAACAUAGAUGAUAUACUGGCUGAGAAUGAAGGCUUGGACUCAGCUAUUGGCAGCCAAAAGGACAGCGAGAGCAACACAGAAACAAGUGCAGAGAAAUCCAGUGAGCAAAAUGAACAAACUACUGUUGAAAAAUACGGUGUUUUUACCAACAAUACAGAACAGGAUAAUGGCGAAGAGGAUGAAGACGAAGUGUUUGAAGCGACAAAAGUGGGAGAAACCAACAGGGUGAAUGCACAGAUUCCCAUUAAAACUCCACUGCCAAUCCUCCUCUACCAUGGGCUUUCAGAAGAUGACUCAUUCAGCAAACAUUUUGAAAACAUUAUGGAGUCUCAUAGGGCCAAAGGCACCUCUUACUCCAGUCUGGAUUCCAUUGACAUACUCUCAUCUCCAGCUCAAAAUCAGCACAGCAUCUUCACCUUUGACCUGCCAACCCUAACCUCUGAAACUCAGAAGCAGAUCUGCAAACAUGCUCAGCUUAUUGAAGACAAUUUUGCCCCCUUGGCUCACCUGGAACUGGAUUCUGGAACAAGUUCCACCACUGACUGGAGCGAAAAAGAGGAUGACACUGUGAAUGCACUGGGGCCAACACACAACGCAUUACACAGCCCUACCCAGUCUGAAGACAGCUUAAUCUUGGCUGAUGCUAUUAUACACAGUGAACCUCCCCAUUGCAACAUGGCCUCUGAAUUUGACUCUGAGAUGGACAGCACGGAGCGAUUAGCUCUAGGAAGCACAGAUACCCUGUCCAAUGGCCACAAGGCAGACCAAGAAGCUGCAAAACGUCUGGCAAAGAGACUUUACAAUCUUGAUGGGUUCAAGAAAGCUGAUGUGGCGAGGCACCUGGGGAAGAACAAUGAGUUCAGUAAGAUGGUUGCAGAAGAGUACCUCAAGUUUUUUGUCUUCACAGGGAUGUCUCUUGACCAAGCCCUCAGGAUGUUUCUGAAAGAGUUGGCUCUUAUGGGAGAGACACAGGAAAGGGAGCGGAUAUUGGCUCAUUUCUCUCAACGAUAUCAUCAAUGUAACAGUAACAACAUCACUUCAGAGGACGGCGUUCAUACGUUGACCUGUGCACUGAUGCUGUUGAACACUGAUCUACACGGCCAUAAUAUUGGCAAGAGGAUGUCCUGCUCAGAGUUUAUUGGAAACUUGGAAGGUCUGAAUGGAGGGAAAGAUUUUCCAAGGGAACUUCUCAAGGCCUUAUACAGCUCCAUUAAGAACGAGAAGUUACAAUGGACAAUAGAUGAAGAAGAACUUCGAAGAUCACUUUCGGAACUUGCUGACCCUAACCCCAAAUCCAUUAAGCGUAUUAAUAGCUGUGGGAAACCUUUCCUGGACUUUUCCCAAGACCCGAAUAUUACUACCUAUAAAUAUGGAGUACUAGUGCGCAAAAUCCAUGCUGAUCCAGACUGCAAAAAAACUCCUAGAGGAAAGCGUGGCUGGAAGACAUUCCAUGGAAUAUUGAAAGGGAUGAUCCUCUAUUUACAGAAGGAGGAGUAUAAGCCAGGAAAACCCCUUUCCGAAGAGGAUCUAAAAAAUGCCAUCAGUAUUCAUCAUUCUCUAGCCACUAGAGCCUCAGAUUAUAACAAAAGGCCAAAUGUCUUCUACCUGCGCACUGCAGACUGGAGAGUAUUCCUCUUUCAAGCUCAAAAUCCUGAGCAGAUGCAUUCAUGGAUCACCCGCAUUAAUGUUGUGGCAGCCAUGUUUUCUGCACCACCGUUCCCAGCUGCCAUUGGCUCCUAUAAGAAAUUCAGUCGGCCUCUCCUGCCAAGUUCUAUAACGCGGCUUUCCCAGGAGGAACAGGUGAAGACCCACGAAUCGAAGUUCAAGACCAUGUCAUCAAGCUUGAUAGAACAUCGCUCAUCACCCCCAGAUAAGAAGCUUAAAGGAAAAGAGAUUGAAGAAUUUAAACAGAAGGAGGACUAUUUAGAAUUUGAGAAAUCUCGUUAUGGCACUUACGCAAUGCUCCUCAGAGCCAAGCUCAAGGCAGGUACAGAAGACCUGGAAGCAUUUGAAACAACCUUAUUUGACUCUGCAGAGAAUGAUGAUGAUGGGCUUAAAAAGUCUCGCUCUAGUCCUUCUCUAAAUAUUGACCCACCACCCGCAUCAACCAAAGCCAAGUGCCAUGUGUCCUCUCGUGGAAGCUGCAGACCAGCCCAUAACAGCAAUCGUCAGAAAUCUUGAAUCAUCUCUUUGCUGAUAUGUUAAAGAGAGAACAUGAGGUCCUUCCUUCUUCUAUACCUAGCCCCUAAGGUUCAGAGCUGGUACCAUGAAGCGUUGCAUGAUUUCAUUCCUUUUUGCAGGUAAGCACUUUGCUAAACUAAGCCUGUGCCAAGCCUUUGAGAACAGAGAUGGAAAUCCCUGCAAUCCUGGAUUAUGAGAAUCUGGUUGUACAAUCGCUAUAAGCACUGCCUGUAUGUACUAUAGAAUGCACCUUGGCGAGUGCACAAAAGGCAGGUGUGAAAAGCUGCUCAACAUGUUUUUACCUGUGGCCAGAAAUUAUUCUAAACUUUUGUUUUUUUAUAUUUAAAGCCAUUAAAAUCCAGUGGGACGAUAUUUUCAAUCUUAGUUGUAAACUACCAAAAAAGGAAAUUCUGUUCAGUUAGCGUGGGACUAUUUUACAUACCUAAGUGGACUUCAUUGGUGAAUCUCAUACAGCACAUGAACUUUGCUACAAUGUAAUCUUUUUUUAUGAGAAUAAUUAGAAGAUGAAGGCCUAACAUUCUUAGCAAAAAAGGGCAAUGUACAGAAUUUCUAAUUUUCUAUUUAAGCUGCAGAGACUUGAUGAAAGAUCUGAAGAAACGUUAGCAAACAACACGCUGGAUUUCUCAAGAGGAUUUGGCGUAUGGCUUCUUUGUUUUAGGACAGGGCCAUUUUGAACCAGUUUCUUACUGGAUUCCUCCUUUUUUGUGAUGUAUUUUUGCACUUUUCCUAUUUGCUGAGUCUAAGAUUGUCAGGCUGAUUUUUCUACAAUCUAUACUCUUUUUGAGGGCUGGGAAAUAUUCGUGACUAAACUUUUUGAAUGUCAGACUCCAUUAAAGCUCUGAAGGGAAACUAACUUUUGCACAACAAAGGCAAGAGCAAUGCAAAUCUCUCUGCAUGCGCAAGAAAUUACGUGACAACCCAGACUUUUUCUUCACCAUAGACAAUGGAACUAGCAAGUCAUCAACUUUUUUUUGUUUUUUUAUUGGACACCUGAUAUAUACCAGCAGAGCUUACAUAAAUGGGAAUGAAGAAUAUGGGAAUGAAGAAUAUAGCUGUUGUGUAUUAUGUAGGUGUAUGCUACCCUACUGACAUAUUAUGUCAGGGAUGUUGUGUGGCGCUUCAACUACCUGUGAACUACAACUCCCAGCAUUCCCUAAUUUGUAGUUCCUAAUAGUUGGUGGGCCACAUUUACAAUGCAUGGUUGAAAAAAAGCAGGCAUUUUAUGUGUAGGGUACAUGGGCAUGGAAUAAAAGGAGUUGUUUGCAACAACAGUUGCUCAUGCCAGUACCAUUAUGAAUACAUCUGAAUACUAGCAGGGUAGCCCAAAAUGUGAUCCUAAAUGAUAUAUAAUAAUGUACAAUUAUUGUAGGGAAUAAGAUAUUAGUUCUGAAGUCAUGUGGGUCUCAUUUAUUGCAUUUUGGGCGAAUGUUCCUCGGAUUAACCCUUAGGAACCAAUCAGAAGCUGCGAGUAACAUGAAAAUCUCUGAUUAGUUGCUAUUGGUCCAUAGAUGAUCUUUAAUUUGAAUAAUACAAAUAUCCUUACAUAGGUUGAUUUAUCCAGGGAUGUAUGAAGAAAUUAAAUGUAUGGUGCAGCUCUCAUUGGUAAACAAUUUUGUUUUGGUCAAGUAAUUGAUCUUAUAUGGGAACUUCUCAGCAUAAAGGUAUAUUGUCCUAGCCAGCCCAUCCAUUCUCCUCUAGUACAGAACUACAGCUAUGGUAAGAAGAUUUAACACCAGAAUGACAUGAUACU